CCUUUCUCUUUUUCUGAAAUUGUGUUUCUCCUAUUAUGUGUGACAGAUCUCGAUGGUGUUUCAGUUUGGGUAUAACUCGGCAUCUUCUACACGACCAGGCUUCGUUUUAAUUCUUAUUUCAACUCGAGCUCUCCCACUUACAACCUACACACCACAGAAGUAGAUCAAGCAACAACAACGAAAGGCUACUUACACCUACACAUAUCAUCAUGGUGAAAUCCGAGUUCAAGGAGUGGUGGAAGAGCCAAACAGUCCACCCUUCUCGCCUUCAACCUACCGUCCCCAUAUGCCCUUGCGCGGCAUGCUUCAACGGUACGGGUCACGACCAGGAAGUGUUUCGAGACCCCAUAGACCCUAGAGAGGUCCCACUCAAGAAGAAGAAGGUCGCUGUUUCUACAUCUAUCAGCGAGAAAUUCACAGGAGAAAAGCCCCUGAAGAAGCCAUGGUACAAGUCAACCAAUGGCCUCACACGAAAGCCAAGCUCAGCGAGCAUGGCUUCAGAUCUUGCCCCUCUAUGCGCGGCAUCCACUACACAAUCAACACAAUCGAUACAAUGAGCGAAUUUCUAGAUUCUCAUAUGAUACCCAUGAUAGAAGGAUUGGCAUAAAGGAGUUAGGGCGGGAUUAAUGUUUGCGUUCGAGUCAUGAUUUCUGGGGAUAUGGUCUGGUGUGGUGUUGUCUAAGGUGUGCUGGCUUUGGUUUGGUUUCGGUUGGUUACCUAACGGGGAAAAGGGAAAAGGGAAAAGCAAAAAAGAUAAAAAGAGGCAGGGUACAGGAAAGCCUUUCCGAGAUUCGUGCGACGCUAAAGAUGCUGCUACCCGUCCCGUCUUGUCAGUGACAUGUCUUUUUGCUUUUAGGGCUUAUCGAUAUAAGCCUCUAGCGCCGGCAGUAGCACGGAAAGGUACUUAUAUACCCU